UCAACUAGGAGGAUCCCGCGCGUUGACACGAAUAUGAAGGAGAAAUAUAAAUACUUCAUUGUACUUUAUCGAGUUAUCUCUAUAUAAUUUGAUUAUUAGUAGUCAGUUUUCGAAGAGAAAGACAGUAACUUACGUGGGAGAAUAAUACUAGUAAUAUGUGUUUAUGAUCAUAUGUAGGUAACUGUAUCCACUACUGAAACCAUUUGUAAGUGGACAUUUAAUUGUAUAGAGGAGUGGAUGAAAAUAUGACACAAGAAGAUGCAAAAUAAUUAGCUUAAUGACGUUUGUUUUUAUAGGAUAUAUAAUUGUCGUUGUGCCGUAGAGCGAGCCAGCGGCAGCUAAACAAGCAGUCGGAUGAAAACGGAACAUACCGAUCGCUUUCGUUUUUUAUAUUGUGAUAGCGUUUUCGAUAUUAUGAUACCAUUUUUAAAUUUAGCAAACAUAAAAAAUUAUCAGUUUCAGUUAGUUUCCCAACAUUUUUAAUUAUUAUUGUACUCUUUAAUUAUUAAAAUGUAAAAAUAUUUCAUAUCGCGUUUAUUUUCUAUAUUGUAAUUUCGUUUCGACCGUUUUCAUCAUUGCCUGCACGAGGUGACCUGAACCUGCAGGCUGUGCUAUUAUAAAGCCUCGGUGCCUCCGCUGUGUUGUUUGUUCCUGACUCCCUGUCCACUUCACUCAAGCUCGGCCGCAGGCCGCAGCCCACGGUUCCACUCUAGAGGACUCUCCGCCCGCACGACGGCACCACGCGAACCAGUAGUCCAGUACAACGCCACACACUCGUCACCAGGACACCGCCAUGGGCGCGGGCGACAAGCGGGGACACCCUCUCCUGAGGGGAGGAGCCGCGAACAGGGAGCGGUACACCCACGGCUUCUCGGCGUCCCAGAUGACCGCGCUCACCGCCCUCUGCGGCGCGUUGGUGCCGUCCCUGCCGCCGGACCGCCGGAACGGUCACCAGCAGCAGGAGGACGGCGGCCGCGGCGGGGGCAGCGGCGGCAACAAGGACAAGGUCGUGGAGGAGUUCCUCCUCGCCUCGGCCGCCGACCCGCCCGUGCCCGGCGAGGUGGCCGAGCAGAUGUCGCGCAAGUGCCUCCCCGAGGCGCUGGCGCUGGUACGCACGGUGCUGUGGCUGCUGGGCACCCGGCUCGGCUCGCUGGCGCUGUGCGGGGCCCGGUCGUGCCUGUCGUGGCGGUUCCCGUUCGUGCGCCGGUUCGACGAGCUGCCCCUGGAGCAGCGGGAGGCCGCGCUCCGGCGGUGGAGCCGGCAGACCCUGCUCCUGCCGCUGCGCAUGUUCUUCGUCAUUAUCAAGGCCAUCUGCCUCCACGUCUUCUACUCCUGGACCGAUGAGAACUCAAAGAAUCCGCACUGGCGGGCGAUCGGGUACAGCCCGCCGCUGGCCGACGACGAGCCGGCGCCGGCGGAAUCAGAGCGUCCCGAGAAGCGUCCCCUCGACGACGGCGUCGUGGAGACGACCAAGGAGACCGACGCGUCCCUGCCGGCGUUGCUAGCGGCGAAGGGCCUCACGGUGGCCGAUGACUCGGCGCAGAACGUGUGCAGGGUCGAGUGCGACGUCGUCAUCGUCGGUUCCGGGUGCGGCGGGGGCGUGGCGGCAGCGGUGCUCGCGGGGGCGGGGCACAAGGUGGUCGUCAUCGAGAAAGGAAACUACUUCACGGCGCGGGAUUACACGGCUAUCGAGGCGCCGUCGAUGGAGCAGCUCUACGAGGGCGGAGGUGCCGUCAGCACGCUCAGCGGCAGCGCGCUAGUCCUGGCAGGCUCUACGGUUGGCGGCGGUACGGCGGUGAACUGGUCAGCUUGCAUCAAGACCCCUGACGACGUUCGCGAGGAGUGGGCGAGCGACCAGGGGCUCCCGUUGUUCGCCACCGACGAGUACGCCGCCGCCAUGGACAAGGUGUUCGAGCGGCUCGGCGUGACGGCCGGGUGCGCGGAGGAGGGGCUCCAGAACAAGGUCCUCCGCAAGGGGUGCGAGAAGCUCGGGUACAAGGUGGAGUCGGUGUCAAGGAACUCGUCGGAGGGGCACUACUGCGGCAGCUGCGGUUAUGGCUGCCGCAGCGGCGACAAGCGCGGCACGGACCGAACGUGGCUGGUCGACGCGGUGAGCCGCGGCGCGGUGAUCCUUACGGGAUGCAAGGCCGAGAAGCUGCUGCUUGAGCGUACUGGCACUGGCGGCGCGGAGAGCAGGGCGAAGCGAUGCGUCGGCGUGGUGGCGAGGAGCACCAACCCGACGAUCACGAGGACGCUGGAGGUGCGCGCCAGGGUGACCGUCUCGGCGUGCGGGUCGCUCCUGACGCCGGUGCUGCUGCGCGGGAGCGGGCUCAGCAACCGGCACAUCGGCAAGAACCUCCACCUCCACCCGACGGCCCUGGUGUGGGGCUACUUCCCGGACACCAUGCCGGACCUCAAGGGCAAGACGUACGAGGGCGGCAUCAUCACGUCCCUGCACAAGGUGGAAGGCGCUCCGGGCGCGCCGGCCCGCGCCAUCCUCGAAACGCCGGCGAUGGGCCUGGCCGGCGCGGGGACGCUGUUCCCUUGGGUGUCCGGGAGCGAUUUGAAGGAGCGGAUGCUCAGGUACGGCCGCACGGUGCACCUCUUCUCCCUGGUGAGGGACCGCGGUUCCGGCAGCGUGCUCGGAGAGCGGCGGGUCGCGUACCACUUGGACGCCACGGACGCGGAGAACAUGCGCGAGGGCCUGCGCCGCGCGCUGCGCAUCCUCGCCGCGGCGGGCGCGGCGGAGAUCGGCACCCACCGCAGCGACGGGCAGCGGUUCGCGUGCAGGGGCGCCACGGAGGCGGCGCUGGAGGAGUUCCUGGACGGCGUGGACGUGGUGCGCGGGCCCCAGUCGAAGGCCGAGGCGUGGAGCCUGUGCUGCACGGCGCACCAGAUGGGCAGCUGCCGGAUGGGCGUCACGGCCCGGGACGGCGCCGUGGACGCGCGCGGCGAGAGCUGGGAGGUCGAGAGCCUGUACGUGUGCGACGGCAGCGUCCUACCCAGCGCCGUGGGUGUCAACCCCAUGGUCACCAUCCAGUCCGUGGCCUACUGCCUCGCCACGGGCAUCGCCGAGUCGCUCAGGCGUGGCCCGGUUCCCGAAAAGAUCCAGUGAUACCACCCUCGUGUUACACACCGUGGCCUUGUUUAGUUCACAAAAAAUUUGCAAAAUUUUUCGGAUUUCCCGUCACAUUAAA